CGGCAUGGGGCCAGGCCCAAGUCGUCAGGAGGCCAUGGCCAGGGCGGGAGAUUUUUUCGGAUUAAUUUUGGUGCGUCGUUUUACUGUUUUAAGUGUUCAUGUUUUACGUGGCGUCGCUCCGCCUGCCCCGCUGUUUCUUUGCACCGCGGGCUGCGGGUGACUGGCCGGUGUGUACAGACUGCCCCAGCCGUCGCUGACGACAUGGACAAGUACGAGAAGGUCCAAGUCGUUGGACGAGGAGCGUUUGGGGUGGUGUGCCUGUACCGCGAGCGUAGCAGCGGCCGUCCGGUGGCCAUCAAGCACAUCUCGGUGCAGCAGAUGUCGCGGGAGGAGCGGGAGCAGUCGCUCAACGAGGCCCGGGUGCUGGCCAUGCUGCACCACCCGAACAUCGUGGCCUGCCACCACAGCUUCCUCGAGGACGACCAGAGCCUGGCCAUCGUCAUGGAGUACGCUCCAGGGGGCACCCUGCAUGACUACUUGCGUCGCCGGGGACAGGCACCGCUGCCCGAGCAGCAGGUGUUGAGCUUCCUGGGCCAGAUCGUCCUAGCGCUGGAACACGUGCACUCGAGGCAGAUCCUGCACCGGGACCUCAAGAGCCAGAACCUGCUGCUGGACCGCCACAGGGCCCUGGUCAAGGUGGGCGACUUCGGCAUAUCCAAGGUCCUCAGCAGCCGCAGCAAGGCACACAGUCUGGUGGGAACCCCCAACAACAUCUCGCCCGAGAUCUGCGUGGGCAAGCCGUACAACCAGAAGAGCGACAUCUGGGCCUUGGGCUGUGUGCUGUACGAGCUGCUCACCCUCCGGAACCCCUUCGAGGGAAGCAGCGUGGGGGACGUGCUGAUGAAAGUGAUGCGGGGCAGCUACGCCAGCCCGGGGGAUUCCUGCCCUGCGGGCCCACGGCGGCUGCUGGGGCGCCUGCUUCAGCGGGAGCCCUCCCUGCGCCCCUCGGCCCGCCAGCUGCUGGCCCACCCCGUGCUGCUGCCUACCGUGGCGCGGCUGGCCCUCUCCGCUGGGGCCCUGUCGCCGGGCGCCCGCCCCUGGGAGGCCAGUUGCCCUGACUCCGAGCGCCCCGCGACUGCUCGCCAAUAAAAUCCAGUUUUCUCGGGCGG